GUGCGCGCGCAUGUGUGUUUUACUUAGACGGUUGUAAACUAACUUAACUAACGCUACGGCUGAAAAGCUCCGCACAUCACCGACUUGAAGACAGAGGGGGGGGAACAACCAAAACCCUCCCGGGAGAAGAGGGGGCGAACAGCCGCCUGAGCCACCCGGGGAGCGGACACUUAACCAAACAGUUUUAGUGGAGGAGGAUGGUGGUUCCAUACGAGGGCCAGUGUCUGCAAAAUGGAAGUCUGUUUGAAGACCCCCUGUUCCCCGCAACCGACCAGUCUCUGUUCUACCAGAGCAACCACAUCGGCAGUGUCACCUGGAAAAGGUCGAAGGAGUUAUGCAGCAACCCCCAUCUGUUUGUGGACGGCAUCAGUGGCCAUGACCUGAACCAGGGCCAGCUGGGAAACUGCUGGUUCGUAGUCGCCUGCUCCAGUCUGGCCUCUGGAGGGACGCUAUGGCAGAAAGUGAGACAAAGACACAGAGACGUGUCGGACCCCUACGUGAUGAUUCGUGGGGAUGUUUUUGUCUCUCAGCUCAAACAGAGGCUGAAGGGCCAUGGGAUGAACAACGACAUCAAACUGAGCUGGAAGAUGCAGUCGGAUGGAAAAGUCUUCCACAAGGAAGAGAAGGAGAAGAGAAGAGCUUUAAUGUUCUUUCAAACCACUCUGGUCAGAGGCUUCCAUUUGCCUGCUCUUCCUCCUUUUCUUCUUCCUUUUCCUCUUAAUCAAUGGUAGAAAGAACCAAAUGAUCCACCCUUUGCUCUGAAGUAACCUAUUUCCAUUUCAUAGUACUUUAGACUUUUACUCCACUGCAUUGAUAUGUCAGCUAUAGUUUCUACAUUCUAAGAAAUAAGGGUUCCAAACCGGUUCCUCCUGGAGGGCUGAGGUUCUGCUACUUAGAUGUUAAUGAGUAAUAAUGAUCCAAUAACAUGCUGUUUAUUAUAUUAUAGCUCUCUAAAAGAGUUUAUUCUGCAUAAAGAGUCCUAUUACUUUUGAUAAUGAAGAACUAUCUUCUGUAGU